GAAAUCCGCUAGAAUCCGCUUCGACCACCACCGUCGUGUACGGUCAAUUCAUCCGGGAAGCUUUUGGCUUCUAUUCAUCGUCCAAUUCUUCAACUAAUUCGAAAACACAGGCGACAUGAAGUCGGGCUCAAUCGCGUGACGAUAACACGGUAACAGAAGCGUUCACAAUGUCGAAGCCCGCGGUGCAAAGAUUAAAAAUACAGACUGCCGCAAGAGGAGGUCAGCAAAACGCCGUCUAGGUAUCACCUCGGCAUCAUCUAUGGUCGUUUUCAACAUUUCGAUACCAGAAUCAUCGCAUGACUUCAUUGGCACUACAUCAAUUAGUUCAUGGAUGUUUGCCACUCGUAUAAAAAGAAGCUCGACACAGAAUCCUCUACCCGUCGUCUAACAUGAACAGCUUCAGCCCGCCAAUACCGUCUGCCACUUUCAAGUCCAUCCUCACUCUAGGUUUGAAUUUGACGGUGCCCAUUGCUGACAGACCUCACAACCACUGUACCUCGAAUCAAACACUCACACCCUCGAUAUUUCCAUACCAUCCACCCCGAAGCAUCACAGUUCGGACGGAUACCCUACUUCGGCCAUUUAUCAUAUUGGUUCUCUCUCUAUUUACCCUUCGUCUCCUCGCAACAAGGCUUCGUCAUACUCUUCCAUUACCUCCUGGCCCCAAGGGGCUUCCUGUCAUAGGCAAUGUUCGCGAGGUACGAGCGAAGCGCGACAAACCACUCUGGAUCACGUAUUCCGACUGGGCGCGUACCUAUGGCGAUGUGUUCACCUUCAAGGUCUUUGGUUCUCGUACUGUCGUCUUGAACUCGUACAAAGCAAUCACGGAGCUUCUUGACAAGAAAUCCCACAAUUACUCUGACAGACCGGACAUGCCAAUGACUAUAGAUCUUAUGAGAUGGGACUGGAACAUCGGUCUCAUGAGAUAUAACGAUUGGUGGAGAUUACACCGGAGGACUUUCCACCAAUUUUUUCAACCCCGUGCUCUACCAGAAUAUUACGACAUUCAAACCGAAAGGACGACGCUUUUGAUGCAAAAGCUGGCGACUUCUCCGCAAGAUUUCUUCCAGCACAUCCGGAACCACUCCGGAGGAAUAAUUCUCGAAAUCAUCUACGGCUAUCAAUUACAAGCCAAAAACGAUCCUUAUAUCAAGUUGGCAGACGAUGCGUGGGUAGGAUUAAAAGAAGCUGGCAAUCAUGGAUCGUUUUUGGUCGAUUACAUCCCGAUCCUGAAACACGUACCAUCUUGCUUCCCUGGUGCUAGCUUCAAAACCAAGGCCGAAGUGUGGGGUAGCUUUACCGACCAGCUGAAGGACUGUCCCUGGGCGUUUUUGAAACAGUCCAUGGAGGAGGGAAUGGCAGUUCCAUGCUUCUCUACCCGAAAUCUGGAGAAAUUCAAGAUUUCUUGCGCGGAGUCUGGCCAAAACUCCGUUAUGGAAGAAGUGAUAAAGAACUGUGCCGCCGUAUCUCUCACCGCUGGUGCAGACACGACCGUCUCGGCUGUUCUAUCCUUCAUUCUCGCGAUGGUGGCUUACCCUGACGUCCAAGCUCGAGCUCAGAGAGAAAUCAACGAAGUCGUCGGUUCCAGACCCCCUGAGUUUAGCGAGCGGGAAAAUCUGCCCUACAUCGAAGCUAUUCUUUCAGAGACUCUACGAUGGAAUCCCGUCACGCCAUUGGCUGUCCCUCACCGUAGUGUGAACGAUGAUGUGUACGACGGAUACUUGAUACCUGGAGGUUCCACAGUGGUCGCCAACGCAUGGGCCGUUUUGCACGAUGAAUCUUUAUAUGGACCGGACACAAUGCGCUUCAAUCCAGACCGUUUCCUAUCGAAGGAGCCUGGACAGAAGCUUCCACCCAGUCCUGAGCCGAUUGCAUUCGGAUUCGGCAGAAGAAUCUGUCCCGGACGACAUCUCGCUCUGAACUCAAUCUGGCUCGUCAUGACAUACCUGCUCACGAGUUUCACAAUGGCUAAAGAACUCGACAGCGACGGUAAAGAGGUCGAACCUGUAAUUGAAUACUCCGAUGGGCUAUCAAGUCAUCCACGUCCGUUCCAAUGUCGGUUCAUUCCCAGGUCACGAUAUCUACAUGCUUAGCUUGUGGAUCUAUGAUAGUCCUGUACUCAUAUUCACGUCGUAUUCUGAUUGUAACUCUCAAUGAUUCACACAG